AUGCAGAUUCCAAUUGAUGAUGUUCCUAAUGGAUUUGGCACAUUGACAACACUAGCCAAUCUGCCAUCCUCUAAUGUUGAUAAUACAAGGAAUUGCAACAGCUUUGACAUGGAGCAGUUCACGCGGUUGAGCAACACUAUGGAGGCAAAUCAGCCCAGCCUCUUCCCUCAAUGUCAGAAGGGUGAUGCUAAUGCAUCUAAUGGGUUGGUCAAACAUGAAGAGAAGAUACUGCCUGCAAAGGAAGUUGGUAUAGGCUUUCCGAAUCUCACCCAACAGUCUGUUGGAUCAUCUAUAUUUGCCAAUUUAAGCAACAGUAGACCAACACUAGGCCUUAAAGAUAUGUACGAGUCACCAGCUCAGCCGUCCUUGAAUUUCACUUUGAGAACUUCUUUGGGCACUCCAAAUCCAAUGCCUCCUUUUCCUGGUGGGGUUGUUGAAGGACUUGAACAGAACAAAGUGCCUACCUUUCAACAAGGGCAAAGGACAAGACAUAUAUCACCCAAGCCCCUCAAAACUGGCCUCAAUAUAAGCUCAGAGGCAAAUAAACGGAUGGUCUCUCAGACACGCAUUGCGAGGCCUCCUGCUGAAGGACGGGGCCGCAAUCAAUUACUCCCUAGAUACUGGCCUAGGAUAACAGACCAAGAGUUGCAGCAGUUAUCUGGAGAUUUGAAUUCCACUAUUGUGCCGCUGUUUGAGAAGGUUUUAAGCGCCAGUGAUGCUGGUCGAAUUGGUCGUUUGGUCCUACCCAAAGCAUGUGCCGAAGCUUAUUUUCCUCCCAUUUCUCAAUCAGAAGGUGUACCAGUUAGGAUUCAGGACAUUAAAGGGAAAGAUUGGACAUUUCAGUUCAGAUUUUGGCCUAAUAAUAACAGCCGGAUGUACGUUUUAGAGGGUGUCACCCCUUGCAUACAGAACAUGCAACUACAAGCUGGUGACACUGUGACAUUUAGUCGAAUAGAUCCCGGAAGCAAACUUGUCAUGGGAUUUCGGAAGGCAACAAAUGUUGAGAUGCAGGAUGCCCAAACAUCUUCCCUUCCUAAUGGCGGUCAUUAUGGUGAAGCUCCAUUUUCUGGUGUCAAUGAAGACUUGCCUAAUAAUGGAGGCAGAACAAGUGAGGAUUUGUUGGAGCGGCCCAUGCCUAUUCUGGGGAAGAAAAGGACUCGAAACAUUGGGUCUAAAAGCAAGAGACUGCACAUGCAUAGUGAAGAUGCUAUGGAGCUAAGAGUCACAUGGGAGGAAUCACAGGAGCUGCUGCGUCCACACCCAAGUGCCAAACCAACCAUUGUCAUGAUUGAGGACCAUGAAUUUGAAGAGUUUGAUGAACCACCAGUUUUUGGAAAGAGGACUAUAUUUAGAGCCCGAGCAUCCGGGGAACAGGAACAAUGGGCUCAGUGUGAUGAUUGCUCGAAAUGGCGAAGGUUGCCUGUUGAUGUUCUUCUCCCUCCAAAGUGGACAUGUUCUGCAAACAUUUGGGACUCACAUAGAUGCUCAUGCUCUGCUCCUGAUGAGAUAAGUCCAAUGGAAGUAGAAAGUUUUUUCAGAGCUGGGAAGGAUUCUAAGAAGCGAAGAACCACAGGAAAUAAGGUAGCCCAAGAAUACGAGCCUUCUGGCUUAGACGCAUUGGCCACUGCAGCAGUUCUUGGAGACAAUGUUGGUGACCAAGGUGAGCAUUCAGUUGGAGCCACUACCAAACAUCCCCGGCAUCGUCCUGGCUGCACUUGCAUCGUGUGCAUUCAGCCCCCAAGCGGAAAGGGCAGGCACAAUCCCACUUGUAUAUGCAAUGUGUGCAAGACUGUGAAGCGCCGCUUUAAAACCCUCAUGCUGCGCAAGAAGAAACGGCAAUCAGAACGCGAAGCAGAAGUUGCCCAGGGAAAGGACCAGAAUCACCCUAAGGACGAGUCAGAAACGGAUGUUGCAUCUGGACUUGCAUUGCUGCAUAUGAAUCAUUCCGAAAAUGAAAGAAGCCCGAGUGGAGUCCAAAUGGAGGUUGCUGAAACCAGCAAGGGACAAUUAGACUUGAAUUCCCAUCCCAACCGAGAUGAAGACAUGUUAGCAGAACCAGCUGGACUUAGCAUGACAAGCCUUGUUCAUUCCCCGAGUCAUCAAUUGGAGAUGUAUUUGCAGCGGAAUGGGCUUGGAAAUUUCGUCUCCCGUUUAGUCUCAACAGCUGGUGGUGAGAGUGAAGGCCGCCCACCUGAUGAUGUCCGGCGAGCAGCUGUUGCCAGCGAGCAGCAAGACAAGGUUGAUGAAGGGUGAUCAUCUGAGACCAACUAAACUGUAAGAGUUUUGUCUUUCUUUCGUUUGAUUACAUGUGUAUUCUUAUUUUUUUUAUGUGAGCAUAUCUAUCUAUAAACAUACCACAUGGUUGAUGAUUUACAUCCUCACAGUUAGGGAGUGCACUCAGUUUCUGUCUGUAAAAAUUUCAGCUACUAUCCCUACUAGAUUUCCCUAACUUUGGGUACACUAUAUACAUUUCCCGAAAUUUCUUCGACACUCUCAAUUAGUUUCUUUCUCUUUACUCACGUGAAAACAGAAAUGAUUGUUU